AGCACCGUCCGCGAAGACCAAGACAAUACCAUGUCAAACCCAAGGAAGGGAAGGCCUUAAUUUUCCCUUUCCCCAACUAACACGACACCCUCUGAUUCCCCCAAAUCCGCCGCCAUGGCCGCCGCCGCCGCCGGCAAGCUUCUCCUCCUCGCCGCCGUCGCCGCGGUCUCCUUCAUCGCCGCCGACGCGCGCCCGUGCGGCCACGCGCAGACGCUCCUCAUCUCCUUCUCCUCCGUCUCCAGGCCCAAUCCGGACCCCACCAACCCCGCGCCCCUCACCACCACCGUCGUCACCGUCCUCCGCGUCCGCCGCCUCGGCCCGCACCAGAUCCGCCGCACCGAGGCCCUCCCCGCCGCCGCGGCCUCCCAGUCGGAGGUCGCCUCCUCCAUGCAGGACCGCGCCAAGGACAUCCUCGUCGUCGUCUCCGGCCUCCUCUUCGGAUUCGGCUGCGGCGCCCUCACCGCCGCCACCAUGUACCUCGUCUGGUCGCUCAUCGCCUCCACCUGCGCCUCCGGCUACGACGACGUCUACAGCGACGACGAGGACCAACUCUGCGACUCGGAGAGCCCCAAGAAGGCCGGCUACGUCAUCAUCCACGACGCCGAGGAGUACGGCGCCGGUAAGAACUAGGAAUUGGGGAUCCGUCCCGUCCCGUCCCGUCCGAGGGCGCUUCACAAUAAUAUUGCAUGAUUUACUCGGAAUUAAAUUAUGCAGUAUAAGCUGUACUAUGCACCUAUAUAUAUAUAUGUUGCGUCUGUCUGAUUCUGUCUAUGUAUGUCGUUUGGGGAAAGGAAAUUGAAAUUAUGAAUGAAUACGCUCUUGAUGUGUGUCGUGUUCCUACCUAGUCAAACUGAAACAAUUCCUACCUUGUUAUUGCAAAACAUGCAUUACCCUGUUGACUGCCA